CUAGCACCAUGGUGUCCGGCUGCAGGAUUGGCCCGUCCACCCUCAACAGCGAACUGGCCAGUUUAGGGGCGGAGUGCCUUCGGAUGCUGGAUUCUGGGGCCGAUUAUCUGCACCUGGAUGUAAUAGACGGGCAUUUUGUUCCCAACAUCACCUUUGGUCACCCUGUGGUAGAAAGCCUCCGAAAGCAGCUAGGCCAGGACCCUUUCUUUGACAUGCACAUGAUGGUGUCCAGGCCGGAACAGUGGGUAAAACCAAUGGCUGUAGCAGGAGCCAAUCAAUAUACUUUUCAUCUCGAGGCUACUGAGAAUCCGGGGGCUUUCAUCAAAGACAUUCAGGAGAAUGGAAUGAACGUUGGCCUUGCUAUCAAACCAGGAACUACAGUUGAGUAUUUGGCACCAUGGGCUAAUCAGAUAGAUAUGGCCUUGGUUAUGACAGUGGAACCUGGAUUUGAAGGGCAGAAAUUCAUGAAAGGUAUGAUGCCAAAGGUUCACUGGUUGAGGACCCAGUUCCCAUCUUUGGACAUUGAGGUUGAUGGUGGAGUAGGUCCUGACACCAUCCAUAAAUGCGCAGAGGCAGGAGCUAACAUGAUUGUAUCUGGCAGUGCCAUUAUGAGGAGUGAAGACCCCAGAUCUGUGAUCAACCUGUUAAGAAAUGUUUGCUCAGAAGCUGCUCAGAAACGUUCUCUCGAUCGAUGAAACCACAAGGAGUCCAGUGUUUCUGCUUAUGAGAUCUCCUUUUUAUUGGAAAACAAGAAUAUUGACUACCAAAUUGUACCACAGUUGAGGCAGUGCUGCUUUUCCUAGCAAUUAUUCAUUCCAGUGACUAAAAUCCAUUUUGCAGAAUGUUCCAAGAGGUUAGAAAUUGGUAUGUAUUAUGUUUUCAGUGACAGAAUUUAAAGAUUAGUGUGGUAAAAUACCAUUUUUACUGGGAGACUUGAUUUUUAUAAAGAGUAAAAAUAUGGCUGUAUCAAGGUUAUGAACAGAAAUGUGUCUUAAUGCCUAAGGAAGGCAUAUUAGCUACUAUGAAAAAAAUUUUUUUCUGUAUUUCUAAAAAGAGUUUUCUUUGCUUCUUGGCUUUUCUGAAAGCAGAGGAAGUCCUGUUUUUCUCGUUUCGUGUCAUUUUUGACUUGUGUAUUUGCGUGAUAACUAAGUUUGGAUCUGGCAGCGAUGGAUGGCUCUUCUAGCUUCGAAAACAUCUAUUUUUUACUUUGCACCUUAUAUUUGAUACAUAAAAAAACCAGUGUAUUAUGAAGUCCAGGGAUUUUCAGGUGGUCUGUUGUAAAACGCAAGCACAAGUUUUAUCAGGGUGUUUUCUUUGUUAACUUUGCUAUAGCGGCAGGUUAUUCAGUGGUUCUUCCCCCACCCCCUACCCACCCUCCACCAACCCCAUUUCCCCUUUUUCUUAAUCACACCCACUGUUCUGAAGGACAUAAAAUGUUUUCCUAGCUGUAUGCUAAAAGGAAAGGAAGGCCUCUAUUUGGAAGUAAUAUUAAGUUGAAUCCUCUCUUCCCCUUUCUAUUUGUUUGACCUUAGCAAACCAAUCCAACCAACCUCUUUGAGCUGAUUAUUAACUGAUUUAUAUAUUGAAUGUAAUCAUAACAACAGUGGGGGGUUGUGUUGAGGAUUAAGAGAUACUAUUAAUUAUAUACGUAAAGCUUCCACUACUAUUCCUAGAAUUGUAGGGUAGUAGAAUUUGAGGAUGCUCAAUACAAAGUAGCUAUCAUUAUAUAAAUGUAUGCUUUGUAGAUUAUAAAGUAUGUUGAUGAUAUCUCAUUAAACCCACAAAUCAGUCCUA